AUGGCGCUAUCGAGCAGCACGCAGGCAUCGAGAGCUGUACUUUACUCCCUUCUCGCGCUGGCUUCAUAUCACCGUGGCGAUGAUCUAGCCUUCGCAUCUCGAAUGCAUCAAGUAGCCCUUGAAACGCUUUUACAUGCCACCGGCCCAGAGAUGGAUGCCGAUGUAAUCAUUGAGCACAUCGCCACAGGGUUGAUUCUCUGUGUAGUCGAGAUGCAGCGGAUACCGGAAAGAGAUUCUGGAUGGCAAAUGAAACCUACCCUUGGAGAUGAUGCCUCUAUCAUCCUUGGCUGGGUCUACUACUUCGACGUCCUGACUCGCUUCAGCAUUCGCCAUUGGCGUACAGAGUCGAUACAGUCAACUGCAGUGGAGCUCGGCUUGAACACGAGUGGUUCGUCAGCCUGCGCCAUGCAGUACCUCAUCGCUCGUAAAUCAUUCGCAAGGGAGAUCCCGACGAUGUGGAGAAUGGCUAAUACUUGCGCCGGGGACCACAGUAGCUAA